AUGGAUAUGAACGCCUUCAAUGUCUCUGCAACUCUGAAUAUCUUUCGGCUACUUUCUCGGCCAAGUCUGUGCCUGCCCCACGCCACUGUCUCUACAUUCAAUGAGCUACCUAUUCCCCUAAACAAGGCAUUCGAAAGGCACAAAAAUGUCGAUAUCAAGGCUGUAGUUCUGGACAAGGACAACUGCUUUGCAUAUCCUCAUUCAAAUACAGUACAUAAGCAAUAUGAGGAUCAUUUCAAGCGACUAAAGGAGGCCUAUCCCGGCCGUCGACUCCUGAUCGUGUCCAAUACGGCAGGCGCUAGGUCUAUGGAUCCAGCAGGAAGGCUUGUUUCCGAAGUCGAAUUAUCAACAAGAGUGCCUGUACUACCUCACAGGACGAAAAAACCAGGCUGUGGCCCCGAAAUUAUGGAGUAUUUCCGCAAAUACCCAGAAACUGGUGUCACGAGACCUGAGCAAAUCGCCGUAGUCGGCGACCGGCUGACAACGGAUGUUAUGAUGGCCAACCUUAUGGGAAGUUAUGCUGUGUGGGUUAAAGACGGUGUUGUACCUCCUGAAGAAAGCAACGUCUUUGCACGAAUGGAGCAUAAGCUCGCGGCAUAUCUCAUACGGCGAGGAUAUGAAGCACCUGAACCAGCAAGUCCGUUUGAGGGGUAG